UUCACUGACUCUCCAUGUGAUCGGCUUUCUUCUUCCUUCGUCCCCUGAUCGAAACCCUAGCUCUGGUUCCGAUCUAGAGAUGGAUUUUGGGAGUGUUGUAGAGUAGUAGGAAUCUCUGGCUUGAGGAUGGGGAUCCUCGAUGCGUCUUUGUUGGUUCUUGUGGUGGCUUCCGCCGCCAUCAUCGCCGGGAGUUCUUCCGGUGAUGGAGAGAUGGUUUACGAGAAGUUAGGGAUAGAUGGUGGGAAUUUGACGCCAUGGACGAAGGGGCUUCUCAAGUUUACUCCAGAUGUGGCACCGGGGCCGAGAGCGAUGGCUCCCGACUCAAGAUUCCCUUUGGUUUUGGCUGAGAAGAGGACGAAGAGGCCUGAUAUACUGCACCGUUUCAGGAUGUACAGAGAUGGAUGGGACAUCACUAACAAGCACUAUUGGGCUUCUGUUGGGUUUACUGGUGCGUUUGGAUUUAUUCUCGCACUGGUGUGGUUUGUGCUCUUUGGAUUGGCAUUCGGUGCACAUCAAUGCUGCGGAUGGCAGAAGGGCGUUAAAGGCAAAGAUUCAUUUUUCUCAAGGAGUCUUUGUCUUAUAUUUUUGCUGGUUUUCACCUGUGUUGCUUCGACUGGGUGUAUUCUUCUUUCAGUUGGACAGGAUGAAUUUCAUGAUGAAGUUUUUCACACCCUACAUUUUGUUGUCAAUCAAUCAGAUUUCACCAUUCAAAUUCUGAGGAAUGUCACUGAUUAUCUAUCUCUUGCGAAAAGCAUCUAUGUGGACCAGUUCUCAUUGCCAUCUAAUGUUCAAAACAAAAUUGACAAUUUGAACACAGAUUUGAAUGAUGCAGCUGAAACACUAUCAGAGAAAACAACUGAAAACUCUAUAAAAAUCAAGCGAGUUUUCAAUCAUGUGAGGGCUGCUUUAAUCGUGGUGGCAGCAGUAAUGCUCGUGUUGUCAAUUCUUGGCUUUGCACUUUCUAUCCUUGGACAUAAGCAUGCAAUCUACAUAUUUAUUCUGAGUGGGUGGUUGCUUGUGGCUGUAACUUUCAUUCUCUGUGGAAUUUUUGUCAUUCUUAACAAUGCCAUAGGAGAUACUUGUACCGCUAUGAAUGAAUGGGCUGACAACCCUCAGGCAGAGACAGCUCUUAGCAAUAUCCUUCCCUGUGUCGACGAACGGACAACAAAUCAAACACUUUAUCAGAGCAAGGAAGUAAUCAAUCAGGUGGUAAAUGUAGUCAACACAGCUAUAUCUUCUGCUGCAAACUCCAACAAGUGGCCGGGUGAACCCUCUUAUUACAAUCAGUCCGGUCCUCUCAUGCCGUAUCUCUGUGCUCCUUAUGAUUCCAAUCACCAGAGUCAAUCAUGCGGUCUGCAAGAGGUGUCAUUUAUGAAUGCUUCAUCUGUGUGGCUGAAGUACGAAUGUAGAGUCUCAGAGUCUGGGAUAUGCAUCGACGUCGGGAGGAUUACUCCCGAUAUGUACAGGCAACUGGUGGUUGCUGUUAAUGUGAGUUAUGCUCUAGAUCACUACGCUCCGCUGCUGUUGAGCUUUCAGGAUUGCAAUUUUGUUCGGGAAACUUUCACGUCCAUCACAACUCAAUACUGUCCAAAACUAGAGUACAAUCUUCGGACGGUAAAUGCAGGACUGGUUCUCAUAUCGAUCGGUGUGAUGCUUUGCCUUGUACUAUGGAUAUUCUAUGCAAACCGCCCCCGAAGGGAGGAGGUGUUUGUAGAUCGAUCCGAAGUGAAGGUGUAAUAUGCAUAUAGAUAUGUUUGUAUGUAUGUAUGUAGUUUAUCUUGAAGAGAGAAUGAGAAAACUAUCAUAUGACACCAGGAAAGCACAAAUGGAGCAAAGCAACAUUUGGCAGAAAUCAGCAGUUUUUAUGUAUGAAAUUUCCUGGACUUUGUCUUUCUAAUUAAGUUCAUAUAUUAUUUUUGCAGUGAAGUUAUUGUUU